CCACCAAACCAUAUGCACUAGUCGAGUUAGUCUAUAUAGUGCUUUUGACAAUUGUAUUUUAGUGAUAUUCCAUAAAUCUAAUUAAAUAUCUGCAAAUAUGGGUAACGAAACCUCUCUACCCAUGGAGCUAUGCUCAAACUUUGACGCCGAUGAAAUACGUCGUCUCGGGAAAAGAUUCAGAAAAUUAGAUCUGGACAAUUCCGGCGCGUUGAGCAUUGACGAGUUCAUGUCUCUGCCGGAGUUGCAGCAGAAUCCGCUCGUUCAGCGCGUCAUCGAUAUCUUUGAUGCCGACGGCAACGGCGAGGUAGAUUUCAAAGAAUUCAUCCAGGGAGUAUCGCAGUUCAGCGUCAAGGGCGAUAAGCUAUCGAAACUGAGAUUCGCGUUCAGAAUCUACGACAUGGACAAUGAUGGGUACAUUUCUAACGGGGAAUUGUUCCAGGUAUUGAAGAUGAUGGUGGGUAAUAAUCUCAAGGACACCCAACUACAGCAAAUUGUAGACAAAACCAUCCUCUUCGCUGACAAGGACGAAGACGGAAAAAUUUCUUUCGAGGAGUUCUGUUCGGUCGUUGGAAACACCGACAUCCACAAGAAGAUGGUAGUCGAUGUUUAAAUUCUCUGUUAAUUUUUUUUUCUUUGUUUAUGUUUAUUUCUUGUUAUUAUUUAAUUAUUUUUAUUGUUUGUUUGAAAUUAACACCAUUCUUUUUUUAAUUUAUAUAUAACCGUUUCUUUCGUAUAAACUAUCACUAAAUGUACGCAACAGAAGAUGAAGGAGGCAACAUCAGAUUAAAAAAAAACAAAACGUAGUUAGUAUGUAGUAUAUAUAUAUAUAUAUAAAAUGAACAUUAAAAACAGUUUAAUCAUAAAAAACAAGCUUGUAUUAAAUGAUUAUUUUAGGGUUGUGCUUAUUAACAGACAUCACGAUUACAUAACUAUUAUAUUAUAAAUGCUUGUAGAGCAUGGAUAUAAAAGAUAAUUAAGAAAGUUAACGUUUGCGCUUGAAUUAUUAUAUUGAAUAAAAGGCGGAAUCGUGCCAUUACUUAACGGAUGCAUAUGCGGCAUAUUUGAAUAUUUAUUAUAGGAUAAAAUAUAUCUUAAUUAAUAAUAUUAGUAGAGGAAUUAUAUUAGUAGCAUUGGAGUCUAUUGUUGGCUUUUAAAAAGUAAAUUUGAAACAAACAAAAAAUGAAAAAAAAAAAUAAUGCA